GUCCGGUAGAUGUCUGCCAUUGGUUUUCCAUUUUUUCCGAACUGGGGAUUUAUUUUGAAAAGUCGACAUGGCGUUUACUCUGUGGAGUCUCUUCGAGGCAACACUUUUGUGUCUCAAUGCUGUUUGUGUCCUCCACGAGGAAAGGUUUCUAGUCAAAAUUGGCUGGGGUGCCCAGCAGAAUAUCCAGGGUUUCGGUGAGCCUCCGAGUGUGAAAUCGCAGGCAAUGCACCUUGUGAGGUCGAUAAGAACAGUGGCGAGAUAUCCUCUGAUAUUCCUCAACAUUCUAACGAUACUGGUGAAGCUGGUCCUCGGAUGAUGGGAGAAAGGCAUAAAUCAUUAAUUAAUAAUUGAUGACUCUCCGGAAUGGUGUACAUACAGAUCUAUGACGAUUUUAUAAUAAAAUAAUUUUUCAAUUAUCAUUUGUA